GUUCAUCUCUCUCUCUCUCUCUCUCUCUCUCUCUCUCUCUCUCUCUCUCUCUCUCUCUCUCUCUCUCUCUCUCUCUCUCAGAGUUGCAUUGGAGGAACAGUUCCAGUGUGUUCUGGGACAGAGGUGUGAGUGGGGGUUACCAGGCCCUGCUGCUGGAUGAGGACCGUGGCUGGCUGCUGGUGGGAGGAAGAGACCACGUCUACCUGCUGCACUCUAACAGUCUGGAUCUUCCUACACGCACGAUCUACUGGCCAGCUGCGACAGAACACGUUGAGCACUGCAGGCUGGCAGGAAAGAACCUUUCGACUGACUGUGCCAACUACGUGCGUCUCAUCCAGCCCUUCAAUAAGACUCAUGUGUACGUCUGUGGCACCGGGGCCUACCACCCACAAUGCACCUACAUAGACCUGGGACGCAGUAUUGAGGAGCCAGCGUUCCGCCUGCUGAGCCAUGCUGUGGAGUCUGGCCGGGGGAAAUGUCCCUUUAGUCCACGGGAGCCCUUCACCGCCAGGCUCACCGAUGGAGAUUUGUAUGCUGGGACAUCCGUGGAUUUUAUGGGCACCAACACAGCUAUAUUCCGUACCUCUGUGUACAGCAGCAAACAACACUAUAUACGCACUGAGGCCUACCAGGACCACUGGCUCAAUGGUGAGACAGCUAUAUUCCGUACCUCUGUGCACAGCAGCAAACAACACUAUCAGCAAACAACACUAUAUACGCACUGA